UCGCUCUGCUUGAUGUUGUUGGCGGCACCGUAGGCAGAUACUGUGAGCGCGUCAGGGUCCUCAGGUGGAACCUGAAAUAGCUGCUGCGCUUAUAACACACAUACACACAGUGGUAGGCGAAGCGAUGCGCUGGUUCAAGUCUGUUGAAGGCGCCUCGUUAUUUAGCAAAGCGUGACUCAUGAGAAACAAAGAUACAGCCGAUCGGCGCUCCAGAAUGCGGUUUCUUUUCCUCAGCAGGGUCCAUUAGGGGUGAGCUAGCGAGGCAGAGAUGAGUCUGACUUCCUGGUUCCUGGUGAGCAGCGGCGGGACUCGCCACCGUCUCCCCAGGGAGAUGAUCUUUGUGGGGAGGGACGACUGCGAGCUCAUGCUACAGUCCCGCAGUGUGGACAAGCAACACGCCGUCAUCAACUACGAGCCCAACACGGAUGAACAUAAAGUGAAGGACCUGGGAAGUCUGAACGGGACGUUCGUCAACGACGUGAGGAUACAGGAGCAAAUCUAUGUCACGCUGAAAAUUGAUGACAAGUUGAGGUUUGGAUACGAUACCAACCUGUUCACCGUGGUCCGAGGAGAGCUGCAGAUUCCUGAGGAGGCUCUUAAGCAUGAGAAGUACAGCAGCCAGCUUCAGCUGAACCAGAAGAGACCUCCUGAGGGGGAAUCGUCCAAACCAGAAGCCAAACCUUCUGAGGCAGCGGCAGUGGCACCAGCGAGCGAGGCGGCGGCUGCCAAAGCGCCUGAGCCCAACAGGCCGGAGGACAAAGCAGGGGAUGUAGCGGUUCUGCACAGAGGCACACCGCUCUAUGGACAGCCUGCUUGGUGGGGGGACGGAGAUGCUGACGAGCAGCAGCCGGGGAGGCCCGACGAGAGGAGCUCAGAACGGAGGCGAGACAAGGCAGAAGCAGACACAAAGAGAAGCGCUGAGGUCCCGAAGCCCAGCAUGCAAGCACCUUCCAAUCAGGAGCCGAGCUACUUUGAGAUCCCGACCAAGGACGCCUGCUCCGCCGGUAAGGUGGCUGCCGAGGGUCAGCAGGAGUCAGCUGCGGAGCCCGUUCAUGGCCACGCCUCCUUCACCAUCGAGUUCGACCCCGGCGUGUCAGGUAAGGUCACCGUCAAAGACCGGGUGGCGAAGGCAGCGCCGGAGACCAGGCCGCGCCCCAAGCGGCCGGUCGGGGAGGAGCUGAGUCCGCUUCAGACCGCCAUGGUUGCAGCGGAGGUCAAGGUCGCUGACUGGCUGGCCCAGAACGAGCUGCCGUUAGCGCUCAAGGAGACGGUAGCGGAGGACGAUGGCGAGAGUGUGAAGAGCGACGUGCCCGUACACCUCCGGAGUCUUAAAGGCAGUAAACACGAAGACGGCACUCAGAGCGACUCGGAGAAUGCACUAGCGGAGCAGCGCAGGGCUGCGGCGCUGGAGGAGCAGCCCUGGGGGCUCUGGGGCGGGGCGGGGUUAAAGGUCAGGGAGGGUCGCGCCAACGUGCCAGAGGGGCUCUUCGCUGAGGAGGACAGUCCCGCGCGGCGCCGCAAGCCCUCCACUUCCAAAGCGGGGGGCGGGCUCGUGGAGAGGCGGCGCGGCUCAGCAUCGCAUCAGCAGGGCGGCCGCGAUGAAUGUUAUCGCCAUAGAGACGACUACAGCGACAGAGGCACCUACACCAUCGAGGCAGAGAAUGGGGACAAUGAAGAGGAGGAGGCUAGGAAAAUGAUUGACAAGGUGUUCGGUGUGGACGAGCAAGAGGCCGUGUGUGUGUCCAGGUUGGGGGGAGGUGAUCAAAGAGAGAGGGUCCACUCCCGGGGGUCGGGUACAGGAGAGAGGGGAAAGCCUGGACGUGUGGAGGCAGAGGUGCUGUCUGAGGAACUGGUGGUGGGUGGUCCUCGCUGGGUCUCGCAGUGGGCAACGCUGGCCGCCAGUCACGUUAGGACGGACCCCGAGGGAUCAGGAGGGGAAAGUCACAUCAUGGUUACGGAAGACCGAGCUGAAAUAAGUGAGUCCAGCCACUCGGCCUCGCUCGCCUCCUCUGGCUACAUGGAGCGUAAGAGGAGAACUUUGCCCCAGCGGCCGUGCGAGGAUGUGGCUCUGGGAAGGAGGACCCCCUGCUCAGGCCUGCGUACGGACCUGGGGGAAAAACAGGACACUGAGCUACAAGAGAAGGAGAACCUAGAAGACAAGAGGAAGAGUCGAGCCGGUCGCACUGCGGGAGGCGCCGGCAGCGUCGGCGGCAGCCCCAGUCGCUCCUCGCCAUCCAGGUCGCAGGACAGUGGCGGCGGGAGGUCGGCCCAGUCCAACGCGUUGACCAAGCUCCCGCCGCGUCCGCUAACCAGCGGAGAGAGGAGAAUGGAGGAGGCCCGGAGGAGGCGGAAGGAGGAGGAGAAGGCUAAAGACAACAGUGGGAAGCCAUUGUUGCGGCAGGAGAGUUUCACCGUGGAGAAGCCGAGCACCAACGUACCCAUUGACCGCAUACCGCGAAUUGACGGGCUCGCAGGGAGCAAAGCUCAGAGCAGAGAGGCGGGCGUUGACAGCGCCACACUGCAGAAGGACUCCGAGGCCGUGGCGGCCUUUCUGGAAACCACAGUUUCGGACCAAUUUGAUCCGCCAAGUCAGUCCAUUGAAGGCUCCAUGUCCCCAGAGUCAGACGUGGACACGACAAGCACAGUGAGCCAGGCUGAAGGGGCCAGGAAAGUGGUCCAGAAGCGUAGGAGCCUUGCAGGACAGCAGAAGGAGAGAACCGUGGUGUGCUCCUCCGGUAAAGGUUCUGCCGGAGGGCGCGAGACGCAGGACAGAAAGGUCAGGAGCAGAACGGCCGCUCCGCAGGCCUGUCGGCCCUGGACCUCCCUGGACCUCACCGACGACGACGUUAACUCCAACUCGCUCCUUUCGGACUCGCAGCCCACCGCACAGGAGCCCAAGAGAGUGCAGACGGGUGGUACAACCGUGGGGGCCAGCACCAAGUCCAGUCGGGCCAAGACCACUCAGGCCACGUCCUCCUCUGCGCCCGGUAAACCCGCCAGCGUCCCCAAGCCCAGGCCGACCAGGGCGUCCCUGCUGAGGCGGGCUCGGCUGGGGGACUCGUCAGACACCGAACCUGCCGACCUUGACCGGAUGUCGGUGGCCUCUGAGGCCUCCACUGCCAGCUCCACAUCCAGGACAGGGAUGGCAAAGCGAGGCAUGUCCAGGAUAGAAGCUCUGGCGCAGCCAAGAAGGCCGAGGGUGGGCUCCCCAUCUGCCCAGAGCGACUCGGAGGCCACCGUCACAAGGAAUCGGGGCCUGGGAGCCCGGACGGCAGCCGGUGAUUAUGCCAUUAGACAAGGACUUAGAGGGGCUAAUGUCACUUCACUGUCUGGGCCCAGAGCCAGGGCAAACAGCGCCUCCAAGCUGCCUGACAAGAGUAAAGGCACUUCCUCCUAUGGACCACCUGCAACGGGCACUCGGUGGCGCCGCGUGCCUGUGGAGUACGCCUCCACCUCGGAGGACGAGUACGGCUCCAACCGACACGCGUCCAAGCAGGGACACGCGCGACCGUUCCCAUCCACCCGCGUGGCCCAGCUCGGGGGUUCGGCGCCCGCGACUCCCAACCCCGCAGGCCUGUCUGCGCUGAAGCAGCACUCCAAGGAGCAGGAUGAGUACGUGAGAGACUGGACAGCACACAGCGAGGAAAUAGCCAGGAUCAGCCAAGACCUCGCCAAAGACCUGGCCAUGCUCGCCAGGGAGAUUCAUGAUGUGGCAGGCGAGAUCGACUCAGUCAGCCCUGCAGCCACCGACCCUGGAGUGCUGCUGGAGGAACGCGCGUUUGAGGACCGCCUGGAGCUGGGAGAUCCCUCCAACGAGCACGGCAGCGCCACCAACGGCCGCUCUGUGGAGCUGCGAGCACCGAGAGGGUCCGGCGGACAGAGCUCCCGCUCCAUCCGAAGGCAGACGUGGAACAGAGAACAAGCGGUGCUUGACGGUCUCCUACUAGCAUCUGUGACACAACUCUCAGCUCGAAUACGCCAGUCUGUCGACAAAACAACCUGCAAAAUCAGAAUCCUCUUCAAGGAUAAAGGACGGAAAUGGGAGGAGAUUGAGAACAAGCUGCAGGCAGAGCACGACUCCUUGCUCCUGAAAAGCUCCAACAAGGAAAUUUCCGGCAUAAUUCAAGACCUGAAGAGAGUGGAAAGGCAACUGCUCGCCGUUGACAUGAUGGUGGACCCUGAUGGCACCCUGGACGCCCUGUCCAACCUGGGGCUGAUGAGCCCUCUAGCUGAUCAGAAGACCAGCCCGCCUGUCCAGCACAGCGCCUCAGGGUUGGACCCCAGGUCCGAAGCCUCUUCCAGCACGCUCGCAGGCCCCAGGCCUGAAGGACCGGCCUCUGGAUCCUCCAACCACACAGGGGGGGCAGAGCGAGACUCUAAAUCCCACAAGUGAUAGUGCUCCAACAUAUGAGUGCAGAGCAGUCCGUGGAGUGUUGUCAGAAAAAAAAAUGUGUGCUAGCUGUGCAAGCUAAAUUUAUUUCAUGGCAUCUUAAAGGUCGGAUAGAUUCCAUGAUUUUGGGACUGACAGCUUUGGAUGCUAGAUACCCAAAACGUAAUAUAGCAGUAAUUUCUGGACUUAUGAAGAUGCUCCAACCUAAUAUACAUCCAAUCCAUCUGUGUUUUUGUUGCGAAUCAUUGUUGUUAUGCUUAGGGGUGGGGUUAAAGACCUAAAGGACAUGAUUCCAUAUUCUUGCAGUGUUUUGUGUUCUCAUAUCAGAGAGCAAACCUCUGUGUCUAAAUCAAAAGCUGAUUUAAAGCAGAAAGUAGAAGUGGUGCAGUGGUGUACAGAGGUUAUUCUGUCCUGCCAUAUAAGUAUUUAUGAAAAUAAAUAUGCCGCCGGCCUGUUGCACUUUGCAGUACCCAAGUCUAGCUCGGUAAUGAUUUUCCGUCCAGCGUGGCCACUGUGCCCGCUGCUUAGGAAUAGAACUGGGUGCGUACAUUAUGUACCAGGGUAGAUGUUUAUUUUAAAGUAUCUAAAGUCUGAUCACACCUUGUGUCUUUGGAAAUCAGCGUGUCAAAGAUGUUCCCUGUGCGAACUCAAAUGUAGCUCAUACAAAAAGCUUUUCCUCUUUCAAAUGUGUGGGGUUUUUUUUGUCACAAGUGCCCUGGGUGAAACAAUCAUUGUGGACGGUGAGAUGAUGCAGCGCGUGGGAGAUGACAUUUGUUCCUUUGCACAUUUCAAGGCUGACCCAUGUUAAUGAUCAUCCGAGGGACCAGGACGCGACGCUUCUCCGUGUCUCCUCCACCAAACACAAAGCAGGGUUCAACGCCGGCUGUCGCUAGCCCUUCGUCAGUUACUGUGCUUUCUGUUGGAACCAGCAUAGACGAAUGGGGGCGAUUGGCUCCGAGUCCUGCAACUGCUUCUCAGCGUUGGAGAAGGAACGGACGGUGUGUGUUUUUCUAGUGUCUCGCCUCCAAUGUUUACACAUGAAUGUAACCAGAUCAGAGCUGUUGAAAUUUUAGUCAAAGCUACUUUAAUGGAGACAAUGUACCCAGCACCUAUUGUACUGUCUCUAAUUAUGUUUAAGCGAUUUAGAGACUUUCAGUUUGGAUGUUUUGUAUAAAGUUGUUUUUUUUUUUGUUUUUUUUAACAACAAUAGGUUAAAUGUUGAUUUUGCAAUAUGUGUGUAUUGUUUGUCUCAUUUCCAAUAAAAUGCAUGAUAACGAUGA